AUGUACCGAAUGCCGCAACCGCGCGCGCUCUGCACUUUGCUGCUACUACUGCUCGGUUCUAUGAAAUUAGUUAGAGGCUACUGCAACGUGCUAGAUCACCAGGCAUGCGAUGAGUUAUGCAAGGUUGACAAUUACUGGUAUGGCCACUGUACAGCUUGGGAUGGAAAGAAUUUUAGUUGCAAAUGCUUUGACUACGUAGCGCCGUUAGACGGUACAGCAUGUACAGGAAAACAUGCGCACUGUGCAAGAAAAUGUAAAGAAACAGGAUCAGAGGGUGGAUUUUGCUAUCCGCAGAGAGAUCGAGGAUCAGAACGUAGACGUACCGGAUGCGAAUGUUUCAAGGAACUCCCACCGUUAGUGAAACGACGAAAGCGUUCAUACAACUACAUAAUAGCGACGAAACGGUUGUCAUAA